AUGUUUGGCCCUGCAUUCGCCUGCUCAACCGGUGCAAUUGGCCAAAGGCAAAGGGGUCGCGGGAGGAAACAAUUCGAGGAUGGGCUGGCUGUUCUGUCACUUUUCAGUGACAUUCUUGACGAAAGGCCCGACUUUCACUUUCGCUCAUCAAUAAUUCGCUCGACACGUCUGCACCACAGACGCCUCGUUGACCUGUCGUCCCAACGGUGA